CCGUCCUGCUUCUCCAAACGCCCAGGUUUCCAAGGCGCGUCUGAUUACGAGCAAAAAAACACGGUCUUCGCUCGGUUACGGCUCCCACCUCGCACUUCUCCCUCACCCUUUUCACGCUGACGGAGGAAGCGAAGCUCCUGAAUCUUCUUCUUCUUCUUCUUCCAGUCGACCAAGAAUGGCCGUCUCAGUCUUCAAAUCUUCAUCUAAGAGAGGCGCUUAUGCUUCACCUUCUACCACAUCUUCAUCAACAAGGGAUCGGCCGAUAGAGGAUUCAGGGAAGAAGAUCCCUCUUCGGAGGUCAAGAAGCAUCGUUUCGUCUCCGAGAAGCAAUGAAAAUUCAACGUCAAAACAUUUCUUAGAAUAUGCUAACACAAGGGAUAAUCCCCUUUUUGAUUGUACAAGUUCAUCACCGUCAUCGCCAGAAGCUGAGUGCUUGAGUGAAGCUAUGAAAAGUGAUGUCUUGGAAUGUAGAAGAGGGCGAUCCUUGGUGAAGCACUCCAAUUUCAGAAGCGAAAGUACAUGUAGUGCGAGGGAAAGGAGUUCGUCCAGAGAUAUGGUUAGGCAGUCUCGAGUUCGGUCUCUUUCGAGGGGGCAAUCUCAUAUUUCUGAGGACCGCCAUUGGGAGGAAAGAAAUUCUAGAGACUACUUUUCUGAAACAGAGUCAUCAAUGAGAAAUUAUUAUCAAAUUGAGCAUUUUCCACCUGAUCUUGAAAGUGGUGGACUUUAUGAAAUGGUUCGAUCAGAAGUACAUUCUGCAGUUUCUGAAAUCACAACUAACCUGGAGAAUGUUAUCAAGAGAAAGGUUCCAGUAGACAGUAUUGGCAAUGUCCCUCCUGAGUUGGUUAAUCAGGAUGAAAUUGAAUUAGUUCCUGACAUCCAAAGGGAAUAUACAUUCAUGCUCGAACAGUCCCAAGAACGCAUAAGGAAACUACAAGCUGAUUUGGCUAUUGAAGAGCAACGUCGGCAUGAGCUAAGCAGAAUAUUGAACAACAUAGUACUUGAAAAUGAAAAGAGCUCUAGUACACGCAAAUCUAAAAUGAAAAGAAAGGCAAGCAUAGAACGACUCAAGAUGUCUAGGCGUCUAGCAGAAGAAGCAAUGACAUAUUUUGAUGAAUGUGUUUCACUGUCAGCGUUUGAUGGUUCCGACUUCUCCUCCCAAGAGGAUCAACAGAUAAACUCUACUCUUGGAGUCAUUUCAACAAGAAAUAGAAGGUUUCUCUCAAAUGGAUGCUCAAGCUAUGCUAUAUCAGAUUACCCCAUCACUCAAUUUGAACAUCAUGAGGGUUUGGACAAUGAUAAUAGGCCUUCACACAGUUCUUCAGUAUCUGACUCGACAAUUAUCAACCAUUGUAUUGAUAGAGCUCUUGAUAUUAUUCAUCAUAAUGGUGGAGAUGAUCUACCAGAGUUCUACACACCACGUAAGGGAAACUCUUAUUUCCAAUAUGGAGAUGAACCUGCUGGAUCCCUUGGACUUCAUAAAAUAAGAAAUGACCAUACUGGAUCUGUUGGAGCUCAUGAAAUCAGAAACUACAUUCCCGACUUGGAGAAGACGACUAAAUCCAUUGAAGGUGUGAAAGAAGAAUCAACUUAUAAUGCUAAAGACUAUUCUUCAACCCCAUCAGACGAAAGCUUACUUUUUGAGAAGGUGACAUUCAGAAACAGAAUAAACUUUGGUGGUAUGCUUGUUUGUAGUAUCAAUACCUUUUAAAUUAUUUUCUUUUUUUUUUUAAAGGAAAAAUAGUUGCUAAUCAUAUGAAAAGAGAAUUAUUGAUUGACAUUGUAAAGUUGAAUAUUUGAUGUACAGGAGACCUUUCAAUUAUUUUGUAAUACCAAGUUAAGUCAAAAAUAAAUAAGGUAUAUGUGAAUUAA